CCCAGGUUCCACAGCGGGGGUGUUCAGGUGUGGGCGCGCCACCCACCUUACCCCGUCGUUGACCAGAGUCUUACUUUUUUUAUUCCACUGACAUUUCUUUUUUCCCAUCUGCCAAGCUAGACCUUCUUGUUUCUUGGUCCUGGAACAAGAUCCUAACUCUGAGGGGAAACCAACACCCCAAGGCCCUUUAAGUGCUUUGUUCACCCUUGUUUUGACCCAUCCGAAUUAAUGGCCACUUUACCCGUUGCCUCUUUUGGGGAAGUUGAACCAAACGCAAUUCCUUCCAUCAACCAACACACAGGAGGCGUACUUAGGAUCCAGACUACCUGAGUUGAAACCUAGCUCUGCCCUUUGAUAGCUGUGUAAACUGGACCACGUGACAUCUUUGUACUUCAGUUUCCUCGUUUCUAAAAUGACAUCGAAGUAGUUAAUUCGUUGUGUUGUUGGGAGAAUUAAGUACAGCAUUGCCUGGCAGAUGAGAGCGAUUAUUACGAGAUCCAGCCGCUGUUCUAAGCUCUAGGGUGCAGAGACGCUGCUCUUCUGGCACUUCUGUUUGAGUGGGAAAUGUUUAGUGGGAAUCGUUCCUUUUGCGGUGCUCAUUCUUAGUUCCAUAAGCAUUGAUGUUGAAUAAACUGUGUUCUAGUAUAUUUGACCGUGUUUUUUAAUUCUUUUAAUGUAGUUAUAAGUCAAGAGGAGUUGAGAGUCUGGUGGCAUGGCUUUAAUUACCUUGCGGAGGAACCUUUGUCAUUUAUCUGAUUUUCGGAUACAUGGAGCUCUGUCUGGUCUGAAAACUCAGCGUGUAAAUUGUGUUCACAAGACAGUCAAGGAGCAUCUGUGUCCAUGGUUCUGGUCACUGCAACUUGAGCCUGUUAGGGUCAAGUUCCAUCAUGCCCAUUCUAAAAAGUUCCAUUCAGAAAACGGAAAUGACCAUCCAGUUGGUGAGACAGUGUUCUCUCAAGUACAUGCUUGGGACAGCUCUGAACACAGUGUUAAAAAUGUGGAUGACCAGAUAUUUUACAGGACAUUAAACAGCUUCACUUCAUCGGAAGAAGUCUUACAUUUUAUAAGCACACUGCAGACUUUGCCUGAUACUAUGGCAGCAGGAGCCUUACAUCGGAUUUGUGCAAUGGAAAAAAAAAAUGAUGAUCAAAGGUUGCCAAAUGAAAUACUGGAGAAUAGCGCCUUUCAAGCUUUGUGUAAUCAGCUUGCACAGGACCCCUCAAAUCUGUCAAACACGGGUUUGGUGACUGCUUUGCAAGCCCUGACCCUGCUGUAUGUGGAUCUCCAAAGUCGCUUGCUGCUGAACCUCCUGGCAGAGUGCCAGCAUCGUCUCGAAAGGGGUAGCCUGGACAUUCACAGUCUUUGUAUCCUGGGGGAAUGUCUGAUUAAACUGCAAGGUCCAGGUUGUUCGACAGUAGACCUGAUUAUGUAUCAACUGCAAGGUGAAAAUUUGGAAGAAUUUACCCCGGAGGAUAUUUUGACCCUUUACAGAAUACUGCAGGCAUGUCCUGAAAAAGUUGACCAACACCAGACGUUUUUAAAUAAGAUAAAUAACUUUUCUCUGUCAUUAGUUUCCAACCUGAGUCCUAAGUUGCUGAGCCAAAUGCUUACUGCCCUGGUGGUCCUUGAUCAAACUCAGGCACUUCCGCUGGUUAUAAAAUUGGGUAAAUAUGUUGUGAGGCAUGUCCCUCAUUUCACUAAUGAAGAGCUCAAAGAAGUCUUAGAGGCAUUCAUCUACUUUGGGCACAAUGACAGAUUUUUUACAAAAGCCCUGGAGCAACAUGUCGCUUCACUCUGUCUCACUCUGGAUCCCGAGGUUACCAGCAAAGUCAUGGAGUAUUGCAGUAGAAAGCUGAUUUUUUCAAAACCCAUCCUCAAUGCAGUGGCAGAAACUUUUGUUUGUCAGUCAGAGAAAUUUUCACCUAAUCAAACUGCUGAGUUAAUUGAACCAUUUGGAAAACUCAAUUAUUUGCCACCAAAUGCCUCUGCUUUAUUUAGGAAGCUAGAAAACAUACUGUUAACUCGUUUCAAUUAUUUUCCACCCAAAACACUAUUGAAACUUCUCCAUUCAUGUUCACUUAUCGAAUGCCAUCCAGUCAACUUUAUGGCCAAAAUAUUCAGCCCGUAUUUUCUUCAGCAGCUGCAAGGUGAAGAGUCCUAUUUGGACAGACUGAGCCUAGCACAACUGACCCAACUUUUCUUAACCGCGAUUCUAGAAUGCCCGUUCUAUAAGGGUCCAAAACUUCUUCCUAAAUAUCAAGUGAAAUCAUUUCUUACUCCGUGCUCUUCCCUGGAGACCCCCAUGGAUUUUCAGCUUUAUAAAUCUGUGAUGAUUGGACUGAUUGACCUGUUAGGAGCAAGACUGUAUUUUGCUUCAAAAGUGUUAACACCCUAUUGUUACACCAUAGAUGUUGAAAUUAAAUUAGAUGAAGACGGAUUUGUAUUACCAUUUACAGUUGAUGAAGAUAUACAUAAAAGGGUAGCACUGUGCAUUGAUGGUCCAAAAAGAUUUUGUUUGGAUAGCAAACACUUACUGGGAAAGGAAGCUACUAAACAAAGACAUCUGUACUUACUUGGUUAUCAAGUUGUCCAGAUUCCCUAUUACGAGGUUGAGAUGCUAAAAUCAAGACUUGAAUUAGUGGAAUAUUUACAAAGAAAACUAUUUUCUCAGAACUCUGGUGGUCACUGGCAACAAGAAUGAAUACUGACUUCAGAACUCAAAUAGUGAAAGAACUUGCAAAUUAGCCGUUUGUUUAUGCACUGUGGUGAUCUGAAAGGGGUCUCUAGUUUCCUUAUACCGUGUAUACACUGAUCAGUGGCAAAUUUACAGUUAAUUUUAACCUUCAUUUAAUACUGGUAUCAGGUACUUUUAUACAUCAAACAAUCGAUCAAGUACAAUA